GGUGGUUUUAAUUGUUUUCACUUUGCAAAUUUCUUUUUUUUGUAAACAAAGAAGUGCGUUUGUCAAAUAUGAUAAAUUGAGUUUAAUUUGAGUGGAGAAGUUUGAAGUUCUAAAUGUUAUUACCGGAAGCAAAAGUUGUUAUUCUUGGUGCCCAAGGAGUGGGGAAGACAAGUUUUAUAAAUCGAUAUAUUGGUCAAAUAUUUGAACAGCACACCUCACCUACUAUUGGAGCUUCCUUUUUCUCUUGUACCACGAAAGUUGAUGAUAAUGAAAUAAAACUUCUGAUAUGGGACACUGCUGGCCAGGAAAGGUUUAGAUCAAUGGCACCUAUGUAUUAUCGAAAUGCCAAUGCUGCUAUUUUAAUGUUUGAUUUGACCUGUUAUGAUAGUUAUGAAUCAAUGAAAGAAUGGGUGUCAGAGUUGAACAUGCGAUUGGAGGAUUCCAUAAUUCUUUGUGUGGUUGGCAAUAAAUGCGACAUGAACAGUAUUCGUCAAGUAGGAUUUCGGGAGGCAUCAGAGUAUGCCAUUUCAAUCGGUGCUCUUUAUCAUGAAGCUUCAGCCUUGAAUAGUGAAGGAGUGGAAACUGUUUUCUUGGACAUUUCUCAGGAAUUGGUAAAGCAAUAUGAAAAGAAUUCCAAUGCCAUUUAUCGUAAAGAACGGUUUCAAGAUGGUAAAGUUAUUCGGGUAUCUUCUAAAACGCACAAAGCACUAGAAGUAUCAGAGGAAGAGAGGUCUUUCUUAUGCUGUUAAUUCUUACAAUUUAAUAUUUGUAUGGAAACAUUUACAAUUGAUUUUAUCUGUUUUUUUUAAAUCAAGGAGCUUGUACAUUUUAAACAGAUUCACUGAGCUUAGCAACUUUUGGUGCUGUGACAUUAGCAUGUUACAAAACUACUAUUUUUCUUUUUAACUAGCUUAUGGUAAGGGUAUUAAUGUAAAUCUGAUGUUUCAAAUGUCUUGUUUUUUUCCCCAAUUUUACAGUUCACAGUGAUGUAUAUAUCUAUCAGUUUUUAGUUCCUUUUCUUAUUAAGAAAAAAAAACAUGCUCAUUCUUCUGAAGUGUAAAUGUUCAUUUGUUUGCUCUUUUUUGUGUGGUUAAUUUUUUGCUAGAAUAUUAUAAACAUCCUGGUUAUAUUCUGGUCUUUUACAAAUGACAUAUUUCUGAUAAAGUUCCUUCGUAUACACUAGGGGCGUAUAACCUUCCCCCUCAAAUGGUUAAUCUACAAUCCCUCUUUCUAGCCCAAAAAUAACUAGAGAGAUUAUAAUUGUUUUAAAACAAUUUUAAUAUAUUUUUUUAAAUGGCAAUAAAAAUUUUCACCAUGAAGUGCUGAGGUAAGUUUUUUUAAAAAUGCUUUCUAACUAAAAUACUUAAAAAACAUACAUAUUUUAAGAAAUUUUUUUAAAAUUAAAAGUAGUAUUAUUUCCUUCAGGAAAAUGUUAAGCUGUUAUGUAUGUUUAUUUCUAGUUCAAAUUUUACCAAAUUUCAUUAAAACUUAAUUUAUUACGCCCUUUUAAAGCACAAUUUUUUUUUUCCUGCGUCAACUAUACUUAAUAUUUCAAAAAAAAAAAAAAAAAACUUAGCAAGAAAACACUUACAGCAGAUUUUACUGCCCACAACUUUUCUAUUAAUUAAUUAUAAAGAAAAAUAAAUUAAAGAGUCGUUACAUAUUGGAUAAAUUUUAUAAUUUGAUUUGCUAAACUAUUGCAAUUUUUUGUUAGCUUUUAAAUUUUUAAUCGUCAUUUUCAUGUUUUUUUUCUUAAGUUUAUUUAUUGUAAAGCUCUGUAUAUUUUAUUUACUGUUAAGUAUGGUUUUACUGCUAUGAUUGUGAUUCUUUGGUAUUUAAGCUGAGAAUUUUUGCUUAUUUUAACGUUCUUCUCUUGGCUUUCAUUUUUUUAGUCAUAAGUAGUAGUUAAAUCAAGAAAACUAUUAAAAGGCAACAAAUUCAGUUAUUGGUAAUUUAUUCACAUUUACAUAACUUUUCUUUUUGAUUUAAUGGAAAAAACCUUAUUUCUAAUUAUUUAUUGGAGUCUGGAACAGUUGUUCAAAACAAUUGAAUACAUAUUGCUCCCAUAUGAAGUUAUGAGUGCAAUGGACAAUUAUAAUUUUUUGCAGUAUUAAAA